GUCGUUCCUUCCCAUGAUCGUCUAGCUGUUUAUCGCUCAAAGUGGCGCAUAAAAAAAUUUGAACGUUCCCACCUCGUGAUACAAAGUUGGGGGUGCAUUUAUUGAGCAAGGUGCAAGGAAAUAUGUUAUAUAUUUUUAUCUGGACUGUUUCCUUUUUUAUAUUGUGUGUUUUCUACUGUUUGUGCUCCCGUAGGGUAAUGCCUUGGGCAAUGUUAGGUCAAAUGAUUGAAUUCAAUUUUACCUUAUCAGAAAUUUUGGCAUGCUAAGAGCAUCAAGCACUAAAAAGGUAGUCAGUUGUUGUCCUUCUGUUAAUGAAUAUUCAUGUCUAAAUCGCGCCCUUUCGAUCAUGCCUCUCAAGAACAUCACUGCUUCGGCUUUGGCUGGAGAGGACGAAGCCAGCCUGAUCGCCCAUGAGGAAUGGCUUAUACGAGAAGGACGAAAGGCAGCUCCUGAUGAAAAAGGAAUCCAUGAAAGGAUGACUCUCACUGCGAGGAAGAGGCUCUCUGACAUGGCACAAAUGGGCAUUGAUGCUGUUAGGACAAGGUACCCAUACCUGAUGGACUCUCAGCGAUUCGCUAAAGAUUUCGAGAGGCUCACGAAGAUGAACCUGGCCGACAAAGUCGCAAAAGGGAUUGACAAGAUCGUUCUGUUGGCCACAAAGAAGGCGAUCGACUGCCAGGAGCAUGUCCUACUUACACUGCAAGCAGCACCGCACAUGGAUCUGGGGAGGCUCAGGACACGGCACAUCCUGACUGUUGCAACUCUGCGCAUUUUGGCACUGAACGUCAAGGAGUCAACAUCACUGCCCCUAAUGUUCGUGCAAGAAGAUGAUGAAAACAUCCCACCGACACCGUGUGUCCUGUACAGCGGGCAAGACUUAGAGGAUGCAGACUUCUUUCACCUGGUUGUUGAUCGUGAGAGGUUGUUCUCCGUUCCAAAUGCCGAGGAGGGGCUGUGUAUGUUGUUGGCAGCCUAUUGGUUGUUCAGUAUACAAUAUGAACGGAAGGCCUUCAACAUGCUCGUCACUCUGGAGAGGCUUUUUCUCGGCAUGAGCCACACAACUCCAAGGGCAGUGGUAAUUAAAUUUUUAAACAAAGUUUGCAGGCACGUGCAUGGUUGAAGCAAUGAUUUGUGCUUCAACCACACGCGCAUUAACUGCUUCGUUACGGUUCAGUUUGAGCUUUUUCUUUUUUUUUUUUUUUUUUACGGUGUUAGUUUGCAGGCUCUGUAAAAAUGGAUGUCCACCCACGGGACAGUGGGGCUUUACAGUUCAAGUAAGGAAAAUGAACACAUAUUUUAUUCAACAUUUUAUAAGUUAAUUUUUACAAAAUAGGUUUUGGGAAGAAUAGCAAAACUGGAGUGAUACCGGCAGAGAAAUGAGGCUCAUUUAUUGGUACGAAAAUCAAAGAAGCAGUGCCAGUCAGUUUCAGUGCAGAGGUAGAUUUCACAGGACGUGCAAUGGUGCUGAGUUUUCUUUGAGGAGCCAGGGUUCCUGCACUGUGUAGCAUUCUUGACGUCUUCUUUCUUUGGCACGUGAAGUGCCUGCGCCGUCUGGACUGGCGAGUUCGGCAGUGGCUUGACUCUCUUGCGCGGAACCUGUGGCACCGCACAAACUUUCUAAAAUGGCAUCAGCCUGACUUGUUAGUCCUGAAAAUCGAGCACAAUCAAUCAAACCAAUUGUUUUCACUUCGCGAGUGUUUCAGAUUGGUGCGAGCAAAACAUGAUCAUCGCGAAAUUCGUGUCAUAAGUUUUGGGUCCCAGCGUCCACCCACGUAGACAGUUUGACAAGGGACUACUAUAACCCUUGCUAAUACUGUUGAAAAUAUUAAGCAUUAGUGACCAUCUGUGAACUUUCAAGAACUCUAGAAAUAUAAAUUAACACAGCCUCCGUUUGUGUAAAUCACAUAAACUGAUUACAUACCUUGGCGUCGCCCGUAGAACAUGCGAGUGCUGCAGGUCGCCAUUUUUAACAGCAAGCAACAAGUUUUCAGUGCUGUUUGCUCAACACUCCUCCAGAUGGCAGCACAGACUACGUCCAUGACGGUGGACAGGCGUCCUUUUCUGUGUGCAACGAAGUUUUUUUUUUUUUUUU